AUGGUGGUGAUUCAUGCCGUAGCCAGUUUGAUCCUGCUGUGUGGCUGGCUCCCGUGUCAGGAAGCUCCCGCCUGGCCGCCCACCCACCAGCCUCACCUUGCCCCAUCCCACUCGUACCCCGCCGCUCAACACAGAUUUAAAGGAGAGCGUUGCCUGAAGGGAAAGCCGGUGUACGAGCUUCAGAUGGAUAAAGGUGUAAAAGACGGGUCCCUGUCCACCCUCGGCACCCUCUUCGCCGCUUCUGCUGGUUCGUACUGGGCAAUCGACACAAAUCCAAAGGAGGACACGCUGCCCACACGACCCAAGAAGAGGCCACGGUCUGGAGAGCGGGCAUCCACGCCGUACAGCCUGGAGUCGGAUAACUUGGGAAUGGACUGCAUCAUCUCUGGAAGUGCCUCUCCAACGCUGGCAAUCAACACUGUGACUAACAAGGUGGCAUUGUACAACCCUGACCAGGACGGGAGUGACAGCCCUCGAAGCAGUCUUAACAAUAGUCUCUCUGACCAGAGUCUGGCCUCUGUUAAUCUCAACAGCGUGGGCAGCGUGCACAGCUACACGCCAGUGACAAGUCAUCCAGAGUCGGUGUCCCAGUCCAUGAGCUUGCAGCAGGCCCCUCAGGCCCAGUACAACAUACCGGAACGUGACAAGCAGCUGCUCUUCUCCGACUUCGAAGAUCUCAGUGCCUCCUUCCGCAGCCUUUACAAGACUGUGUUUGAGCAGUCCUACAACCAACAGGGUCUGAUGGGUAUGCCCUCGGAGUCGUCCCAGCAGACCCACACCUCCUGCUCUUACCAACACUCCCCCAGCACAACCAUCAGCACCCACCCUCACAACAACCAGAACAGCAUCACUAACUCUCACCCCAACAAUGGUAGUCAGGUGCCUCUCUCUCACCCCCCUCACUCGGCCCACAACUCGCCCCACGGACAGCACCUCUCACAGCAUGGCCCUCACACCCAGCACAGCCAGCACCCACAUACGGCACACAGCCAACAUCCCCAGCACAGCCAACACAGCCAGCACGGGCAGCAUCCCUCCCAGCACCAGGCCCACGGCCAGCACACACCGCAGCAGCAGCAGCACCAGAAUCUCUCCCACCAGCCUCAUCCUGCCCAGCAACAGAUGCAGUGCAACACCGGUCUUCCCAGUGACUGGUACCCCAACCUGGAUGCGCUAAAAGAAAGCUGCCGCAUCGCCAGCAGCUACAAUUGGGCUGAUGUUGAUCUGUCACCCUUCCAAGGUUUGAAAGAGAGCAUGAGGCAGGCGGAGCUGAAUAACUGGUCUCUGGAGCCCACUCAGAUUGCAGACCUCUGCUCCUCCAUCAAUCAGUUCUUUGCUCGCACUGGAAUCCAGCCACAAGGGGCAGUGCAACCUCCAGUGUGCCACGGCUCCAUGCAUCCAAAACCCAACCCACACAUCAACACAGGAAACAUGUACAUGGACUCGAGACAGAGCUUGAGUUCAAUGAUGGGUCCGCCGGGAUAUCCUCAUAUGCCUCCCAUGAGCAGCGCUGGCCCCACUAUGACAGGCCAUCACGCUCAGAUGAACCAGCAGCAUAUGAUGCCUGCUGGAAACUUCCAGAUACGCCGCAUGCCUGCCGACGACAUCCAGGAUGACUUUGACUGGGACUCCAUCGUCUAACCCAGUCCCCGAGAGCGAAGAGUGGUGCAGACAAAACGAGAGCGGAGCGUAUGGAGGCAGUGUGUUUGUGUUACAGAGCAAGAGGGCUGGACCUGAGGUGUCUAAAUGCCCGUGACAGAAAGGCAGAUUGGAAUGGGACACUUGAAAAAUAGUGCAGGUGUUGUUCAUUAUGACCUGAAAGAGACUCCUGUGUUCCUGGUGUUUUUAUGAAACAAAAACAAACAACAAAAAGAUAUUACUUUGAAGACAAUCACAUUUACUAGGACACGUUUAAGUGAUCGCUUUUAUACUUGUCCCAGGGGCAAGUGGUUUGUUUAAGUCAAAUGUCUCCCGACCCACAGCCUCUGCAAACUUGCCAAGCUCGCCCCUGCUCUUCAACUGUUGUUCUGUGAUUUUUCGAGUGAUUGCAUCCGGCUUGUUCUCCCCUCUCGUGGUGACAAACUCAGGCCUCGACUGCCUAUCAGACAAGAUUGGCUCCCUCAUUUGUGUUGUGAAACUUCAUCUGAGAUGCAGGGCACUUUUCAGAAGAGGGCCGAUGGUGCAGGUAACGUGACACUCUAAGCACCUGCCAUCGUUCAGGCACAAGUAGCCAAUUUUUUGCUCCUCUGACCCUACACACUGUAAUAUGCCGACGUCGCCAUGCAUCCAAAUCCAGCAGAUUUUACUGAUUCUUAAGGCUCAUAACAAAACGUGUAAGCCACAUUACCUGCAGUAUUUGUACUUGUGUAUCUUUGCUGUCUGAAGUGUGUCAUGUUUUUUGUCACUAAUAGUUUUAGACUAGUCUGAAUAUGAAAAUGAAAAUUCAUAUGAAAAUGA